CUGGAGUUCUCCUGCAACGCGCAUGUCUGUUGAGCAAAAUUUCCGAGGGGCUCUGGACCAGUUCCGGUGGCCACCAACGCGUGUCGGAGAUGCACAAACUCUUGACACACAGCCAGGACCGGGAGUGUUUUCUCGCUUGUACAACAGUAUGAGCUCUUAUGUUCCUCUGCGUUCGGAUGAACGGUCGAAUGAGGAGGAAGCUUACUUUGCAUUGAGUCGAUGGGAGAGGUUGCUUGGAUUCGGGGCCUGUUUGAUAGGAUCGGCUGUUUGUUUUGCUGUGGCUUUUUUCACCCUCCCUCUUCUUGCUCUGCGACCCGGGAAGUUUGCCCUCGCAUUCAGUUUGGGAAGCCUCCUUGUGAUGUUCGGUUUUGCAGUUUUAUCGGGCGUUCACAAUCACUUUAAACACUUGAUCGCCCCGCAGCGUUUACCUUUUUCCGCUUCGUACUUUGGUUCUCUCAUUUUCACUCUAUAUUUCUCUUUGGUGCGCAAAUCCUACCUUGGCAGUUUAAUAUUUGCCAUCAUUCAGGUUGUGACUCUUAUCUUCUACGUUGCCGCUUAUUUUCCCGGCGGCAUACAGACUAUGAGAUUUGGUGGGCAAGUGUUGCUUCGUGGGGCUGAGAGUGUGUUACCAUUUUGAUAUCCAACAAUUACCAUGCCUUUGUGUCGCUAGACCCACCUGUGCCCAGUAGGCCAUGAAGGGCAUGUGAAAGG